AUGACACAGCUAGUAGCUAAUGAGGUCUAUGCGGACGAGUUGUAUGGUAUCUAUGAUGACAGAAACCGUGAUGAUGUUUGUGCAGCUCUUAAGCAAUCUGUUGAGAAGCUCAACCAUUGGGCGGCGAGUCUUGAUUUGGCAGUGAACUUAAAUAAGUGUUGUGUGCUCCAUAUUGGUAGUGGAGCCGCCAUGUCAUAUGAAUUCAUGAGGAACCCAUGUAUCAAGUUUUUGAACAUAGCCAAGCUGUUUUAA